AUGAAAUUGUCUUUUGGAAUAAGCGCUGGUUGUCAACAGGAGAUCUCCUCGCCAGAGGGCGAAAUUCGAACUCCAAAUUGGCCCAGUGAGUACCCAGCAAGACAGAGUUGUCAGUGGAAAAUCACAGCAACCCCCGGGCAUCGUAUCAAAGUCGUGUUUGAUGCAUUCGAGGUAGAGUCACAUCAGCAAUGUAUGUACGAUCGCGUUAUCGCCUACGAUGGAUUGACAACUGACGCUCCACAGCUUGGACGCUAUUGUGGUAGUCGUAAACCUGCACCAAUAAUUUCGACUGGAACAACCCUCCUCCUCACUUUUAAUGCCGAUGGAUCGGUUCAGAGAAAGGGUUUCAGAGCACAGCAUUCAACCGUGUGCGGUGGUGAACUUAAGGCGGAUGUGACCCCUCAAAAUCUCUUUUCGCAUGCUAAAUUUGGUGAUCUGGAUUACCCUGUGAAUCAGCAGUGCUAUUGGACCAUACAUACAAAUCUCAAAAACUACACCAUCCUCAUUCGUUUCCUAUUUUUUGAAGUGGAGGAAGAAACACUGUGCACGUGA